AUGGAUGAUGGACAAAAUUCUAAACUUUUCAAGCUCAAUGACCAAGCCACCACGUACAAACGACCGACCUUGCAAGAGCUUCUUGAGCGCAAUGCCCAGAGAGCUCAAACCUUUAAACCGAUACUGACGUUCAAUGAAAUGAGCAACUUGCCAUUGGAAAAGCAGCUACCGAUGCCAAAAAUAUUCAUUGUCAGCUGCGACGAUCCUCGAAUAAUUGCUUCAGAUCUUCUUGGCUUGAAGCAAUGGGAUGCGGUUGUAGCUACUGGUGUUGCAGGCCGUAUAGCACACCAAUUUGAAAAUAUGCUGUUUCUUGACCAUUUUCUUCAUUUUGAAGACAUAAUGAUUAUCCAUCAUACAAACUGCUCAGCCGGAAUAUUCAAAAACGACGAGAUUUAUCGGGCCUUAGAAGAGCGGGCACCCGGGCACCCAAGUAUUCGGCUCCCUGGAUUUGAAGACCUUGAACAGAGUGUUCGAGAUGACAUCGAGUUUGUGAAAAGCUCACCACUUGUUCGAAAAGAGCUUGCCGAUCGAACUACUGGGUAUAUCUAUGAUAUACACACGGGAAAACUUAGCCUUGUGAUUUAA